GUUUCACAAGCAAUGGAGAAUAAUCGCAAGCUGCUGUGAACUGUCAAUUUCUUUCAAAAUAAACGAAAAAAAAAAUGCUAAAAUAGAAAAUAAUAACCAUGGAUGUGGUAACAACAAGUCUCGAAGCUCUAAUUCAGAGAGUAACGAAUCCACAAAAUCCACAAAAACCUGAUAUUGCUGCUAUCGAGGCGUUUUGUGUAACGAUUUUAAAAGAAACUGAAGGUGUACACAUUGCUGGUAAACUUUUGGCAACUCAUAUUGUUGAAUCAACCAGCGAAUGGGAGGCAUUACAAGCACUUUCGCUUUUAGACACAUGUAUGAGACGUUGUGGAAGUCUAUUUCACGCGGAAGUUGGAAAAUUUCGAUUUCUAAAUGAACUGAUAAAACUCGUGUCGCCAAAAUAUCUUGGCAAUUCAACUCCAGUUGCUGUACGUGAAAAAGUGCUGGAAUUAUUAUACACAUGGACCAUUGAUUAUCCAAGGGAGAUAAAGAUAAAGGAGGCCUUUGAAAUGCUUAAAAAACAGGGCGUAGUGAAGGAGGAGUUAUUACAAUCAACAAACGCGAUUAUCGAUGGAACAAAAGCCGGCAAGUCAAAGAGUCAAAUUUUCGAGGAUGAAGAAAAAUCGAAACUUCUUCAAAAAUUGCUGCAGAGUAAAAAUCCUGAUGAUUAUCAAGCGGCAAAUAAAUUAAUCAAAACCAUGGUGAAAGAGGACGAGAAGAGAGUCGAACAGAAUUCACGAAGAAUUAUGGAAUUGGAGUCCGUUCACAGUAACGCUAGACUUUUAGCGGACAUGCUAAAUUCUUAUACACCUGGCCAGACAAAUACUGAAGAUUUAGAAUUAAUGAAGGAAUUACACGAUGCAUGUGGACGUCUUAAACCUAUUAUCUUAAGACUCGCUAACGAAAUUCAAGAUAACGAAGAUAUGCUCAAAGAAGUACUAGCGGCGAAUGAUGAAUUAGAUCAAGUGUUUGACAAAUACGCGACAACUCUUGUUCUCAAUCGACCAACAACAGAAAAUUCGAAUGCCAAUAUUACAAAUAAUUCCUCAUUAUUGGAUCUCUCAGCACCAAAUGAAAUUAUAUCCUCGAAUAAUAAUUCAACAACCAAUGAAACAGAGAGCAAUAAUUUACCAGCACAAACAGACAUGGAUAUUUUAGGAGAUAUUUUCAAUUCAUUAGGAACUAAUUCAAGUAACGUUCCUGAAACACCACCACUAUUACCUUCUUUACCAAUUCAACCGAUAAAUAUCGCUGUAACAAAUAAAGCAGUUGAGAGUGUGACUGUCAAGUCAAAAGGAGACAGUAAAACGAAAGCUCUAGACGAUUUGAACGAAUUAGGAGAGUCUUUACUUAAGGAAAGUCUGUCAAAUGUCACUAUAAAAGCAUCUUUUAACAAUUCAAGCAAAGAAACAAGUCGAUUACCCAUGAAUAGUUUAAAAAAAUUAUCAACAUUCACAAAUUCGAUGCAAACGAAUAAUUGCAAUGUAGUGAAAGAAGCAGGAAAAUUGCAAAACUCAUCUUUGGAAAAUGAAUCAAAAUCGAAGAGUGAUUCUGAAUCCAAAAGCGAAAUUACGAGUAAUGAUGUGCCAAUGUUACUUAAUGGUGACGAAAAUUUCGAUAAUACAGAAUCUCAUUUUCUUAAUAAUCAAAUAACGAAUAAAGUGAGAGAAGAAAAAGAAGAAAAGGAAGACAAUGAUAUUCCAUUGUUGUCUGUUAAUAAUGAGGUUGAAAUUAAACCCUUAGGAGAUAUUUCCGUUUCAUUGGAAAAUAUUAAACCUGGAUCAAUUCCACCAUUAACCGUAAUCGAUGAGAAAAAUGGAAUUACGGUUGUAUUACAUUUUGCGAAAAAUAGUCCCCGACCUGCGGAUGUAUCUGUCGUUGUCGUUACAACAAUGAGCAAAAAUUCUAAACCAUUGUCUAAUUAUUUAUUUCAAGCUGUAGUGCCCAAGAAAUGCAAGUGUAGACUUCAGCCACCAUCGGGUACGGAACUUCCGGCUCACAAUCCAUUUCUACCUCCAUCAGCAAUCACACAAAUUGCACUAAUUGCAAAUCCUCUCAAGGAAACACUGUCACUAAAAUUUAUGCUAAGCUACACAAUGGACGGUGAGACGAUAACUGAAAUGGGAGAGGUCGAUAGAUUACCAAUCAUCUAAUAAUUUACAAAAAAACCAAGUGCGCAAAUUACACUUGAAAAUUAUUAUUAUUCUAUUUAACUAA